GUGCCUCCUUCACACCACCACCACCACCACCUUUGUGCGGAGCUCAAGACAGAUCACUGGUCUGCUGUCUCUUUCUCACCUUCUUUCUCAACACCUCUCCUCUCUUUUUCUUCUUUCUUCCAUUUGGUUUCUGUCUGCAACAUCUCUUCUUUCUUCCACGUUGUGUUUCUCUCUCCCUCUGCAUUAAUGGUGUUUUGAUGCUGCUUUUCUGCUGCUUCUAAGAGGUAGAGAUGAGAGGAGCAAUGGGUUCAACGCAGAGCCCAAUUGAGGCUAGACAACGGCUAUCUGUAUCUAUUGAAGAUACAUACAAAAGAAGGUCACAGAGGAGUAAAGUUAAAGAUGAGAAGCCCUUUCACAUCCCCAUACAAGACAGGAGCACAAAAUGCAAGUUUCCUGCAUUGAAGCUGGUACUAGUUAUAAUUGUAUGUGGCACUUUUAUUACACUCUUCUACUCUCCAGCUGUUUGUAAUGACCAUAUAUCACACGCUAACUCCCGGCCAAGUUUUGUUAACAGGUGGAUAUGGGGUGGUUCAGAUCCACGGUAUAUAUCGGAUUUAGAUGUUAAUUGGGAUGAUAUCUCAAAAGUCAUUGAUCAGCUCGUUGACAUGAAUCAAUAUCAGGGAAUUGGUCUUCUAAACUUCAAUAAGACUGAAGUCAAUAAUUGGAAGCAGCUUAUUCCCCAAACAAGUCACAUUGUUCUGCACCUGGACUACGCUGAAAAAAAUGUGACAUGGGAUACCUUAUAUCCGGAGUGGAUUGAUGAGGAAGAAGAAGAUGAAGUCCCCAUUUGCCCAUUGCUGCCAAAGCUUGAAGCCCCGAAAAAACGGCUUGAUCUUAUUGCUGUGAAGCUCCCCUGCCGGAAUGAAGGAAACUGGUCCAGAGACAUUGCUCGGUUGCACUUGCAGCUGGCGGCAGCACAGCUUGCAGCCUCUGCCAAAGGCAAUUACCCUGUGCAUUUGCUGUUUAUUACCAGCUGUUUUCCAAUACCAAACUUGUUUACUUGCAAGGAACUUGCUGCCCGUGAAGGGAAUACAUGGUUAUACAAACCAAAUUUGAAUGUACUGAGGGAAAAGGUCCAACUCCCAGUUGGGUCAUGCGAACUUGCAGUUCCACUCAAGGUCAAAGAGCGGGUUUACUCUGGAGAUGUUCGUAGAGAAGCAUAUGCAACAAUCCUGCAUUCUGCUCAUGUCUAUGUGUGUGGAGCUAUAGCAGCAGCCCAAAGUAUUCGUUUGGCAGGGUCCACCCGAGACCUUGUGAUACUUGUCGAUGAGACAAUCAGUGAUUACCACAGAAGUGGACUUGAGGCAGCUGGGUGGAAAAUCAGGACAAUCCAAAGGAUCAGGAACCCAAAAGCUGAAAAGGAUGCUUACAAUGAAUGGAACUACAGCAAGUUCCGCUUAUGGCAGCUGACAGACUAUGAUAAGAUCAUUUUUAUUGAUGCAGAUUUGCUUGUGCUAAGGAAUAUUGAUUUCUUGUUUGGGAUGCCAGAAAUCUCUGCAACAGGAAACAAUGGCUCUCUAUUCAACUCUGGUGUAAUGGUGGUUGAGCCAUCAAACUGCACAUUCCAGCUUUUGAUGGAUCACAUCAAUGAGAUUGAGUCCUACAAUGGUGGAGACCAGGGGUACCUGAAUGAAAUCUUCACAUGGUGGCAUAGGAUUCCAAGACACAUGAAUUUCUUGAAGCAUUUCUGGAUUGGUGACGAGGAAGAGAAGAAACAAAUGAAAACUCAUCUUUUUGGAGCUGAGCCUCCAAUUCUUUAUGUCCUUCACUAUCUGGGUUUAAAGCCAUGGCUGUGCUACAGGGACUAUGAUUGUAACUGGAAUUCGGACAUAUUUCAAGAGUUUGCAAGUGAUGUUGCUCACACUAGGUGGUGGAGAGUGCAUGAUGCAAUGCCAGAACAACUGCAGCAGUUUUGCAUGUUGGGGUCUAAGCAAAAGGCAGGAUUAGAAUGGGACAGGAGGCAGGCUGAGAAAGCAAACUACAGUGAUGGACAUUGGAGAAUCAAAAUAAACGAUCGUCGUUUGCACAAGUGUAUUGACAACUUAUGCUCCUGGAAGGGCAUGUUACGGCACUGGGGCGAGACAAAUUGGACAGACGAUGAAAUUUUCACUCCAACACCACCUGCAAUCACCAUGGCAUCUCUUUCUGGCUAGUGAGUUGCAUUUUUCCUUUUCUCACCAUAUUUACUUUUGUAAAUGACACGAGUUCUGGAAAAUGGAUUCAUUUUUUGUUGUUGUUGUUAUCUUA